AUGAUCAAGGAGACUAACCCUGGGAGUUAUGCACUGGUCACAUGGCAUAGUGUUUCUGGGGAUGUGCAACCAAAGUUCAAGGCCUGUUUUUUCUCAUUUGCUGCACAGUUCAGGGGAUUUCUGAAUGGGUGUAGGCCCAUUAUUGGAAUUGAUGGCUCUCACCUAAGUGGGUAUUUCAAGGGAAUUCUUCUGGCUGCUUUGGGGAUUGAUGGAAACAAUGAGAUUUUCCUGCUAGCUUAUGGAGUGGUGGACACUGAAAGUCAAGAGAGCUGGAACUACUUCAUGAGGAACCUAAGGGCAGUGUUUCAGCAAGAAGGAUGCAACAGGGAUGACUGGACCUUCAUCAGUGACAGAAUGAGGGGGGUGGAUUUAGCUGUGCAUGAGAACUUCCCAAGGGCCACCAGAAGGUGUUGCAGUCAACAUCUAUACAUGAAUUGCAAAAAUGGUGGUUGGAGUGGAGAACUUUUCCACAAGUUAUUCUGGAUAGCUGCAAAUGCCUUCAACCCCUAUGUUUUCAACAAGGCAAUAGAGAAGAUCACUGACUUUGAUCCCAAUGCAACAAAGUACUUGGACACAUGUACUGAGCAGUGGUCCAGACAUCAGUUUGACCCAGAAGUUUGUUGUGAUCAUAACACAACUAACUUUGUGGAAUCAUUCAAUGCUCUGACCAAGCCAUACAGAGAUUUACCAGUUUUGACCCUGUUUGAAGCAAUAAGACAAUGGGCUAUGCAGAGAAUUGGGGUCAGAUUUGACAAAGCUGCCAACAUGGAACCUCACCAAUUAACUGAGUAUGCCAGACAGGAACUUGAGCUCAGAGGUGCAGAGUCCAGGUUUUGCUACUCUACUCCUUGUGGAGGUGGGGAGUAUGAGGUGAGGGAUGGAAAUGUGCACUUCCCAUUGAGGAUUGACACCAGGAGAUGUGGAUGUGGGGUAUGGCAGGUCUCUGGAAUCCCUUGCAAACAUGGUUUGAGGGUGAUUUACAACCAGAGACUUAGCCCUGAAGAUUUUGUGUCUGGCUAUUUCAAGGGUGCUGCCUAUAAGCAGACAUAUGCAGAGCAUAUGCACCCAAUGCCUGACCCCAGUCAAUGGCCAGAGUACUCCCUUCCCACCAUUAAUCCCCCUGGGAUCAAGAGGAGUGCUGGAAGACCCCCUAAACAGAGAAAGAGGAAUGCCAUGGAAGCUAAGAAGAGGAAGAGGCAUAGCUCAGUCAAGUGUGGAAAGUGCAAGGAAAUGGGCCACAAUGCAAGGACUUGCAAGAAUGGUGCUGGAAGUUCCAAGGCUCCACCAAAGCAGAGAGCUCCUACAAAGAAGAGGAAGGCAUCAUCUGAUGGUGCAAGUACAUCCAAGGCACCACCCAAGGGGAAAAGGUCAAAGCAAGCAUGA